AUGGUUGAAAUAGGAGUGGAACUUAGUCUCACGAGAGGGCAAUAUGAAUGGGCCAUGAACGGCCAGUGGGAAAGCCUAAAACGAUUCUACAAGGAUCAUGUGUCUGAACUAUUUUGGCCAAUGACAACGAAGUACGACACUGUACUUCACGUGGCAGGCUUGGCUGGACGCAAAGACGUGCUUGAUCUUUUGAUUCCACUGCUAGAAGACAGGGAUACGUUGAUAAUGGAGAACAACCGCGGUAACACCCCGCUUCAUGAGGUAGCUGCGUCUGGAAAUUUGGACGCAGCAAAGCUGUUUGUGGAAAGCAGGUAUGCAAUUCCGGCGUAUGGGGAGAUUAAGAACCACUUAGGAGAAACCCCACUCUACAGGGCUGCUUCUUUUGGUCACACAAACUUGGUUCAAUAUUUGGCAACCCAAGUGCGCGACGAUACAGAGCAGCAGCACUUCCAAAGAGAUGAUCAAGUAUCCAUUCUUCAUAUCGCAGUACUUGGCCAACAUUUUGGCCUUCGUAAUGAUGAUAACAUUGAUCGGGACCCAGCAAAUCAAAACGAUGACUUGGAGAGCGGAUUUAAUCAUCCUUCCCAAUCUACUUUUUCAAACAAGAUUAUGAGUAAUUAA